CAUUGUGGUUCAAGUGGUAUCUGUUUAGAAAGAAGAAGAUAGACUGCUCAGAUCCAAAUAAAGCAGCCCUCCUUAAAAGGCACAAGGGAUUCUGGGAGUUGAUAUCCAAUGUACCUGGACAUCAUCAGGUUAACCAGAAUGAAUUGGCAGCAAAUAGCACCUGGAGUGAUCCUCUUACUGGUCAAGCUCACAGGGACAUCUCUAUUUUUUGUUUUUUUUCCACAGAUCUUUCCCAUGGGAAACAUCACUUUUGCCCCUAAAGAAAAUUAUUCAGGGUGGACCCUCUCUCCUGAGCAGGCCUCUUCCCUCUCUCCCUUGCUUCCUACCACAGCUCAGAUUCCUUUGAAGCAACCAAGGUGGGAACGAUUCAGAGGGAAUGAUUACUGGUUUUCUGAAGACAAAACUACAUGGCUGAUCAGCCAAAUUAAUUGUAGAGAUUGGAAAUCAGACCUUGUGAUCAUCAACAACACAAAAGAACUGGAAUUUAUUAUUAGCAAAACCACAAUGGCUGAAUAUUUCAUUGGACUCACCUAUUCAGAACCCAGGAAUAAAUGGAUAUGGAGUGAUGACAAAGAGCUCAACAUGAACCUCUUUCCAAUGAGACUAAGAACAAUGGAUGAAGAAUGUGCUACUAUCAGGGCAGGAGUUCUGAGUCCAGCAUCAUGCUAUCAAACAUACAGCUGGAUUUGUGAGAAGACAUAAAGUGAAUUGACUGAACUGAAAGAGUCCAAUGCAGAGCUGUAUAGGAGUGAAGACUGAAUAAGCAGCAGACCUUAUUGAUUAAUAAAAUAGUUAGAUCCUUU